GUUCCAUCAUGCUUCCAUGGAAAGUUGAUAUUCUUCUCACAUUUAAGUUGCAAUAAAUCACUUUCCAUAACGUUUAUUUUCCCCCAUCUGUUCAUAUUCUCAUCUUACCCUAAUCUCAUUCUAUUAAACUUUUAAAAAUAAAAUAAAGAAAAUUAAAUCCAGCCUCUGGACGAACACAAGAUCAACAUGACGGUUCCGUUGCACAAAAACAGCGGCCGCAAGAAUCGUCUUCAAGAAUUUCUUGCGUUCUUCGUUCUCUUCAUCGGAUCUUCACAUUUUUCCUCGGCAGAAUUCUAUUUGGACGUUCUUGAUUUUGGAGCAGUUGGUGAUGGACACACAAAUGAUACACAAGCGUUUCUUGAUGCAUGGGAUGAAGCAUGUGGCUCGUUAGGGAAUCCGAUUAUGGUGAUCCCUAAAUACAUGACGUUUCUUGUUCACCCUCUAGUCUUCAGUGGUCCAUGUCGGUCCACAAGCAUCACAGUUGCGGUAAUAGGAACGGUUAUUGCGCCGGAUUCUCCUGCUGCGUGGAAGGGAAAGGAUCCCGGGAAAUGGCUUGAGUUCAUCGAUGUUAGCGGUCUGACAGUCGCUGGUUUGGGGUUCGGAGCUCUCAACGGCCGUGGAUUGGCAUGGUGGAAUCAAUCUUGCAGAGAUCAUCCGAGAUUGCAAGGAUGCACUUCUGUUGCGCCAACAGCGUUAACAUUUUCGGGGUGCAAUUCGAGCAGUCUCAACGAUAUUGUAUCGUUAAACAGUUCGCAGACACAUUUCCUCAUCAUAAACAGUAAGGCGAUAACGGUAAGUAAUGUGAUGAUGCAGGCCCCCGAGCUCAGCCCUAACACGGAUGGCAUCCACAUUCACUCCUCUCAUGACGUUUUCAUCACCAAUUCCGUAUUUUCUACGGGUGAUGAUUGCAUAUCGAUUGGAGACUAUACGUCUAAUGUCGUUAUUACUAACGUUAUAUGCGGCCCUGGCCAUGGUAUAAGUAUUGGCAGUUUAGGGAGAGGAGGAAACUCUGUGCAAGUAGAGAAUAUUCAUGUGAGCAGAUCAUAUCUUAAGGGUACUACCAAUGGAUUAAGGAUCAAGACUUGGCAGGUCGGAAGAGGAUAUGUUCGAAACGUUCUGUUCCAAGACAUCACGUUUGAUUCCGUCCAAAACCCGAUAAUCAUCGAUCAAAACUACUGCUCCGAGAAAGGUUUGUGCAAAGAAAUGCCGACCGGAGUUCACAUAACCAAUGUGACAUACACAAAAAUGGUGGGAUCGUCGAGCACAGCCGUCGCCAUAAACUUUGACUGCGACCGCUCGGUUCCGUGCACGGGAUUAAACCUUCGGUAUAUUUACCUUUGGCCCGUGCCGACAGACCUCGAUGGAACAUCCAAGAUCACACCUGCUGUGACCACGAGCUGCGCCAAUGCUCAUGGCUAUGCCGUUCAAGUCGACCCUCCUGUUUCUUGCCUCCAGUCCUGAUGUUAAAGACUUUACCUUUCCAGGAAGAUUCUUUAGGGUUCAGUCCCGAUUUUGUACAUCCCGGGUGCACGGUUUCACCUCACGCCUCGAUUAUAAUGACCUUUUGCACCUCUGUGUGCCUCGUAUGAUGUUUUUGCAUUUGAUAAAAAACUAUUUGCUUAAAAAAACUUCGUUUUACUCU